GAUCCUUGGCCGCAGUGCAAAGAGAACCGGCGCGUUCGACGCGCGUGUUCCUGUCUCGUUCGUGUCUAUCGUAAGGAUCUCGAGAAGCGGAGGCGGGAAAUCGUUUAUCCUAGAACGCGUGCGUCAUAUUUUCAAAGGGAUCUUUUAUCCUAGGAUAAAAAGAAACCUCAUCUUUUUUUCUUUUUCUUAUUUUUAUUCUACAUUUCCCGUUUGUUUCUUUGUCUUCCUUGUUAUUUUCUAUUUCGCAAUAAGAAAAAGAAUAAUUAAAAAAAGAAACCGAGAAAUUAAUUAAGAGUAAGAUCGAAUGAGUUUGAGUUUGUUUAUAUCGAUCGAUCGAUCGAUCGAUAUAUAUCCAUAUAUGUGUAUAUAUCGAUAUAUCGAACAAAGUAUCGAUUAAAUCCUACGAUCCUGUACGAGUUAGGAAGAUCGAAGCGAACGAGUGAACCAGUUUUCACGAUCGACCGCAGACAACCGCAAGCUUCGAGUCCGCGAGAUCGAUCCGCCUGGAUCGUGUUUGCAUCUCGAUCUAUGAUCUACGAAGACUUCGUUGACACCGACGAUUUCUUUCCUUCUUUUUCGUCUUUCUAUUCGUCUUCGUCUUCUCUCACGUCAGGAUGAAAGCAGAGAAAAAAUAUGGAACCUUACUGUUAUUGGUCCUUUUCGAUUUGGCAUCAUCGGCCAUGGUUUUACCAAGACCACCAUCAUCGCCCAAUCAUAUACACGAGGAUCGUGACUUUAACGAGCGAAAAAUUUACGAGGGAGGUAAAUCCGUUCAUGGUUUCUUUCAAAACACUAACGUCGAGAGGCCUGAUACGGACAAUAAUUACAGAUUGGUGGAAAUUGAAGUCCAGGGUGCUGGUGAUGUAGAUCCGGAAAAUCUUCAAGGAUUGGUCCAUGCUGUUUUGAAGAAUCAACAAACUAUAGAAUCUUCAAACGAGAGUUAUCCAAAUCCCGAAGUUGUACCGAACUCCAUAUUAGGCGUAAGAAAUAUUGGGAUAUCGUCGAACUUUCGUUUGGAUGGUUACGACGACACGGAGAAAAGAGUAUUAUUGAGCCCACCAAAGUUACACAAUCUCGAUGAAAAAUUGUAUUAUUUGAAAAGUGGUAAACCAAAGGUAUAUGUUAACGUAAGAGGUAACAGUGGUACAUUUAGGAAGAUAGAGACAGGUCCUAGAAGUACCUUGAGCGAAGGUCCAUUGGAUUAUUUAAGAGUAACCAGACCAUUCGAGAGACAAACUGAUUGGAAAGCGAAACAUGAGAAGAAACUAAGACCACCGAAAAAGUUUGAUCGACUUGUACAUGAUCCCGAUGGUUUUGAGGAUUCGAAGAAUUCAUUGAAAAACACAAAAGUUAAUGGAAUCAAGGAACGAGCCUGGGCUCUUGGUUCUGAACACUUGUCUACAACAGAAAACUCUAUGGUUACAUCGAGCGAAUUACCCAAACAAAUUCCAGCACCGCCUAGCAAAGUACCUAGUAAACUCCUUAUGGCUCAAACUACACCUGUGCAAAGGUAUUCAUUGAGAAGGACCGAUGUUUUACCAAGUUAUAAAGUCUACGAAGAUUGACGAGAUACCUGGACCAAGACCAUGAAAAGUUGUUGUCCAGGAGUGUUAAUGAAAAUCGUUGUUGUGGACCUCUCAAGCUGAGGGUUAAGGAAUUAGCAGAAACGCCAAAUGAUGAUCACGAUCGAUUGAUUUGUUAUAUAUAUAUAUAUGUGUGUGUGUGUGUGUGUAUAUAUAUAUAUAUAUAUAUAUAUAUAUAUAUAUAUAUAUAUACAUAUAUAUAUAUUGUCUUCCAAUAUGUUUUGAUUACGAGUGACAGUGGGAUAAAUUUGGAAUUUUUACGUUUGAAAAUUUCUCAAUGAAUCUUAUUCAUCGAUCGUUAGAACAAAUUAUCCAUUCUAAUUAAAUUGUGAAAAUUCAAUGUAAAUUUGUAAAUUAUAUCGACGAGGAACUAGCUGUGAUUUUCGUGCAGAAAAGAAAAAAAAAGAAAAAUAUAAGUUGUUUCGUAUUUUGUAAAAAAGAAAUAAAAAGGAAAAGAACAAAAACAAAAGAAGAAUUCAAGCUAAUGUCAAAGCUUUCUGAUACUUGAUUAGUAUUCAAAACAAAUUUACAGAUUCGUUAUUUAUAAUAGAUAAUAUAUGGCUUGUAUUAUAUAUAAUUUAACUAAUAUUAUAUAUAAGAAAGAGAAAGAGAGAGAGAGAGA